AUGGACCACCUCCUCAGCGUCAAGAUGGAGUCAAGCGACACCCUCAAAGCAUACAACGCUAGAUACUGGGAAACCUUCAACGAGAUCUUGGAUUAUCCAACCAACCUAGCAAUCACCCAAUAUAAGUGUGGUCUCUCGAUCGGACAUAGACUGAGGGAAUCACUUACAAUGAACCAGCCGACUUCCAUGGGGCAAUUGAUGCAACGCAUCAAUGAGCACAUCCGAGUAGAGGAUGAUGCGGCGGCAUCCACUGUGAAGGCAAAUCCCGUGGUAACGGACAAAAGGGCGGCUGGGAAAGUGCAUGCGGUCGGACAGGAGAUAAACCGUCUGAAUGGCCGCACAAGAGAUGCAAUCUGCGACGAGGAUUACGUUCGGUUUCCCGCCAAGUUAGGCGAUGUGCAAAAGGGUUUCAAUCUGCAUAUUCCAUGGAGAGCAAGGGCACCGGACGGAGGACUAUUUGCCCCUAAAGCAACACUUGGAGAAGCUGGUCGCAGCCGAGGCCCCCCUCAAGGAGUGGUAAAUGUGAUUCACGGCAUUAUGGAGCCAGCGCGGGUUUGCGAGCUCCGAGGGAUGAUAAAAAAGGCGGAACAUAUGAGGGAAGUUUUGUCAGUUCAUCUCGCAAUCAAAAGGGGCAAGACCGAGAAGAAAGAUGUGAUUAGUUUCUCAACUAGGGACCUUGAGCGCAUUCAAACGCCUUACAACGGCGCCCUAGUGUUCACCCUUCAUGUCAGACACUUCGAUGUUAAGCGCAUCUUGAUUGACCAAGGAAGCUCGGUUGAGAUCAUGUACUAUGACGCUUUCAAGCAGCUUAAACUUCGGCAUACAGAUUUGGCUCUGGCAACUUCACCAUUAGUUGGUUUCAACUCACAACCGGAGUGGCUGAUGGGAAAGAUAAUUUUACCAGCCAAAGUUGGAUCCGUCGUCAAGCAGGUGGAGUUCUGGGUAUUGAAGGUGCCGUCCACAUACAAUCUGAUCUUAGGUAGGGGAUGGCUUCACGCUAUGCAGGCGAUAGCGUCAACCUAUCACCAGGUUAUGAGGUUACCCUCGGCUAUGGGGGAAGUUGAGGAAAUUUGGAGUGAUCAAGUCAUUUCGAAGCAAUGUUUCAUGGCAGUGAAUGGGAACCGAGUUGUCAAAGGCUUUGUGCAAAUGAUAGAAGGUCCGGAAGGCCAACGUGUCCUUGAAGACGUGGGCACCAGGGCCGAGGAAAAGGUUGUUGAAGAAUUGGUAGAAGUGCGGUUCGACAUAGAAAAUCCUAGUAAGUUCUUUUUGCUAGGGUCAAGCCUGACCGUCUAA